GUCCCAACGAGAAUCGUUAUAGUUAACUUCUCAACAUUUGAUUUUGUAGAAAGAAAACUAAAAAAUCACUCAGAAUAAUCCAAAUGAAAUUGAAAGCGGUUAAAGAAAAUUGGAGAUGGAAAACGAACAAGUUCGGGUUACGUUCUGUUUUCCUCUUAUGCGUCUUCUUCUUCCUCGCUGGAUUUUCUGGUUCUAGAUUCUUCCAUCACUCUCAGGAAGAUGAAUAUGAUGUGAGAGCAAGAUUGCUGGAAAAGUCGACGAAGGAGGAAGUGGAGUACCGUUUGUUGCAUGGUGGAUACUCCGGUGAUGAUUUCAUUACUUCAAUUCCUUUUCAGAUUUUGAGUUGGAACCCUCGCAUUCUCUAUUUUCCUAAUUUUGCAAAUGCGAAACAAUGUGAAAACAUAGUUGAGAUGGCAAAGGAAGGGCUUACACCAUCAGAAGUGUUGUUACGCAAGGGAGAGACGGAGGAGAAUACGCAGGGAGUCAGAACAAGCUCUGGUGUAUUUAUCAACACUACUGAGGACAAAACGGGUGUUUUAGAAGUCAUUGAGGAGAAAAUAGCCCGAGCAACAAAACUUCCCAGGACUCAUGGAGAGGAAUUUAAUAUCCUCCGCUAUAAGAUCGGACAAAAGUAUGAUUCUCACUAUGAUGCAUUCAAUCCCUCCGAAUUUGGCCCACUAGAUAGCCAAAGGGUAGCUUCAUUUUUAUUGUAUUUAACAGAUGUCGAAGAAGGUGGGGAGACCAUGUUUCCAUUUGAGAAUGGGUUGAACAUGGACGGUAGCUAUCGUUAUAAGGAUUGUAUUGGUUUGAAAAUAAAACCACGAAAAGGAGAUGGGAUACUUUUUUAUUCCUUGUUCCCUAAUGGUACACUUGAUCCGACCUCACUCCAUGGGAGCUGCCCCGUGAUUAAAGGAGAGAAGUGGGUAGCUACAAAAUGGAUACGGAAUCAAAUAGUAGAAUACGAUGAUUAAUGAUUAUAUAGUAUUUGCAAUUGAGAUUCAAUGUAUAUUACAAGAGUUGAGAUAUUUCUCUAAGGAAAUGGAAAAUUUCAUUUAGAGAUGUAUAAACAUAACAAAUAAAAAAUAGAUAAUGAAUUGUACCAUCAAAUGAG